CACAGAGAUAAGACGGCUGUUCACUUGAAAUGUGAGUGUGUGUGACCUGGCAAAAAAUAAUGUUGACACAACAAAACUGUUGGAGAUGAGGCUGAUCUGGACUGCAAUGUCUUGAAGCGCUGUGCUUUUUACACAAGGCCAGGGCCCUGCCAAAUAUCCUUCAGCAAGACGCUUCUAUAAUGUGUACAAUGGUUUGAACAAAUUGUACUUGUUUCUGACACCAAUCCAAUAACAGACCGGCAAAUGCAGGCGCACACAUAUCUGAGCUUCACAAAACGUACAAGCACAUGCUGAACGGAACCCACACUCAACAUUUACUGCUCAAUAAACUGUGGUGAGUGGGCUCGUUAGAGAUUCUGCAAUCUGUUGGUUCUUUUGUGAGACCGUCAUUGAAAUCAAGAGACGGCGAUCUGCAUCACUGUUGACGUUUUACCUUAAUCUCUGUUUACAGUUUUUGAGAUCAUUCUCAUUCACCUGUUGGCUUCCAGUCAUUAGUGAGGAGAGACGUGGCGGUGCCACAACAUAUGCAUCAAUGAUUCAUCAUCUGUUUCAAUCCAAACAAAGCUAGAGGAGUCGUCAUUCAACACUCCAUAAAAAGUCUCAUGAAUCACGUCGGCAGCCUUUUGUCAUUAGUGUCCAAUGAGAUAUGCAUGGAAGCGUUGUCCUUGAGAAUUGCCCUGCCACAUAAGCAAGCAUUAAUUACUUUCCAACAAAGAUCUACCGUCAUAUCAUCGUCAAAAAUGGGGUUCAAUCAAGAUUACAUGUUCCACUCCAACUUGUUUUUUUUAUAUUCAGGAGCCUUUGCAGCGUGAAGGUCAAAUUAUUAUUUAUUACUACCUCUAUGUGAUGUAAUAUCCCCCACGGGGGUGAUUCUCUUUUCACUUGCCCCGCUCAAAGUAGUUGAGAGAGCAGGGUCAAACACCAAAUGGAGACUCUGCUUUUGGAAGGGAGUAUUUACCGUCCGAGGGCACUUCAGCACGGUGGAUGCUUGCUGAAAAGCACUUGGAACUCCCCUUCAUCCAGCUGAAGGACAUAACUGUCAAACCCCUGGGCCAGUCUGCUGACUAAAGGAAAGAAAAGGGCUUCUCCGAACUGACAAAAGAAAGAUAGAAGUGGGCUUACCAGCAGAUAUUUUUAUUAAGAAAAACAGCAAACAGUCACACAGGAUGUUGUCUGAAAACCAAAAUCAAUUAAGAAUCAAUCAGUCAAUCAAGAAUAUGUUAUGCUGAAGGCCACACAAACCCCGACCCAGUAGCACAGAUGCAGUAGGUAACAGUUGUACAGUAAGAGCCCACAAACUUUCUUCAUUCAAAUGCUAAUCCUGACGUGGCAUCCCUUUUUUCUCUCAACGGAGCCCCGCCCACUUCAGAUGACUAAGAUUAAAUGAAUAAAAAGGGUAUACCUAAAUAUUAAAUGUAAUAAAUAUUGAAAUCUCUCAUGUAUAAUAAUCACAAUCUCUUUCGUGGAGAAUAAUAUUUUCAUGUCAGGAUCACUCAACUCUUGAUUAGAACCUGAUUGAGAAACUAUGUUGUUCGGGUCCUUUUUUGUCUCUUAAACCUCCCACUGCGUAGUCUAAUUUUAGUCGUUUUUUUUCCAAUUCCAAGAUUUAAAAAGAAAACUAUACUGACACAUCGGGUCCAUGGACUACUGAAGGAACGAGUCCAAAUCAAGGAAAGGGAUGAUUUGUAGCUGAUAUAAGCCUGUUGUGAUCUAAAGGUGAAAACAUGUGCACCCCUGACCAGUUUUGUCCUUGUUUUAUCAGAUUAGGUCGCUAUAGGUUGCACUUUGUUUUGCAGUGCAGUGUGCCUCCUAUCAGUGACCGAGUCCUCCGUGUAGCUCUGCCUCCCUCUCUCUCUGCUGCUCUCUCUGGAACUGCGGACGCGCUUUCUCUCUUCACACUUUCUUCUCCUGUCUGCUCCCCAGCACGCUGCUGCCGCUGACCCUGGAUACUGUUUUAAAUUUGUCAUUUCAAACAGGAUGAAAGGCAUUUUUUGCUUCGUUGUGCCCAAAUGUUUCUUCCUUGUGUUUCUUCUUCGACGAGGCUCCUGUUCAGAGGCAGAGCACAAGCUCAUCUCCGUGAUAUUCUCCAGCUACAACCAGUACAUAAGACCAGUGGAAAAUGUGACCGACCCAGUCAUUGUACAGUUCGAGGUGUCCAUGUCACAGCUGGUCAAAGUGGAUGAAGUCAAUCAGAUUAUGGAGACUAAUCUGUGGCUGAGACAUAUCUGGAAUGACUACAAACUCAGAUGGAAUCCAAAGGAUUUUGGAGGCGUGGAGUUUAUCCGAGUGCCAUCCAGCAGGAUAUGGAAGCCAGACAUUGUGCUCUACAACAAUGCAGUCGGAGAUUUCCAGGUCGAUGACAAAACAAAGGCCCUCCUUCGUUACAAUGGUGAUGUUACUUGGAUCCCUCCUGCCAUAUUCAAGAGCUCAUGCAAGAUUGACGUCACUUACUUCCCCUUCGACUACCAAAAUUGCACCAUGAAGUUCGGCUCCUGGACGUACGACAAGGCCAAGAUCGAUCUGGUGCUUAUUGGCUCCACCAUCAACCUCAAGGACUUCUGGGAGAGCGGCCAGUGGGCGAUCAUCGAUGCCCCUGGUUACAAACAUGACAUUAAGUACAACUGCUGCGAGGAAAUCUACACGGAUAUUACUUACUCUUUGUACAUCCGCCGUCUGCCACUUUUCUAUACCAUCAACAUGAUCAUUCCCUGCCUCCUCAUCUCCUUCCUUACCUUGCUCGUCUUCUACCUGCCAUCUGAUUGCGGUGAGAAAAUCACUCUGUGUAUCUCCGUCCUGCUGUCUUUAACUGUCUUCCUCCUUGUCAUAACAGAGACCAUCCCCUCCACCUCGCUAGUCAUCCCCCUGAUUGGCGAGUACCUCCUCUUCACCAUGAUCUUUGUCACCCUCUCUAUUGUGAUCACUGUUUUUGUGUUGAACGUCCACUACCGCACACCAAAGACCCACACUAUGCCCUGCUGGGUGCGGACUGUGUUCCUGGGGCUGCUGCCCAGGGUGAUGUUCAUGACGAGGCCAGAGAGGGACCCUGAGAAGUUGGCGGCGGCGGCGGCGGCGGCGGCGGCCGGCAAUGUUCCGACGAUGCAUUCAAGGCCCUGUGCCAUUCAUUCGUCAGGUACUUUGCAGAAGCAGCACAAACCUCAGGCCCUGUCCUCCAGCGUGGUGUCUAGCCUGACAAACCGCCAACGGCUUUUCAACAACACAGAGCUCUCCAACUUCAAUAACUUAAGUGGAGACCCGACCAAAGGUGCAGGCUCAGCGCUCUUGUGCUGCAAGGGCCAUUGCAACUGCUGCUGGCACCAGAGGUCCAGCAAACUGCCCGCAGACUCCGAGGGAGGGAGCGGGGGACUGGGCAGCCUGGGGGCCGCGACUGGAGGCAGUGCCUCUGGGGUCGGAGGGGGGAGUCGGUGCUCCAGCUCCGAGUCUCUGGAAGGAGGAAUAAUGUCCCUGUUGCCGCUCUCCCCUGAGGUCCGGGAGGCUAUUGAUAGUGUCACAUACAUUGCAGAGAACAUGAGACUACAGAAUGAAGCAAAGGAGGUUCAGGAUGACUGGAAGUAUGUUGCCAUGGUUAUCGACAGGAUCUUCCUCUGGGUUUUUAUCCUUGUGUGCAUCCUGGGAACAGCUGGCCUCUUCCUCCAGCCUCUAUUGCUUACGGAGGACAUUUGAAUCAGCUUCGAUAAAGCAAAUACUUCAAUAUAGUUUAACUGCACAGCAAUCAUUAUACAUAAGAGUCUCACCAUGGCACAGACAGAGGAAAUACAGAGCUGAUGCAAAGUCAAGAAGAAACAAUGACUGAGUCUGACAGAUAUUGACGCCAAUGUUUCAGUGACUGUGUUUUCACAGAUAGAGUAGAUACUUUUUGUUUGAAGAAGUGGCUGAAGGACUCUCUAAUGCAGAGGACAUUGUUAACAAGCAAUGGCAAAGACCAUGAUGGUUAGUCAUUUCAUUGUUUACAUGCUAGCUCUGAAGCAAUAUAAUCUACAAUGCUGGGCACAAAGGAGGUCUGCACACUGUUGCGCUCUAAAUAAAUAGUUUAUUUCUCUUUUACUCUGCUUAAGGCAACAUUUCAAUCUGUAAGAUCUUCCUCGGGCAAGUGUGAAUGACAAAAGCAGCCAUUUGUUGUCGAGGCAGUAAUCAACUGAAAUCAUUAUCAUCUGCUGGUCAGCAACUUUGUGUCCGCCAGUUAAGACGUUUUUGUCUUGCAGCCGAGUAACAUUGCCUGGAUGUGCGCAAACUUGUUCCCUCUUCUGAAUAUAAUCAGCAAUGCCAAGGCUACACCGUUGCAAUAUCAAUAAUGGGAACUUAUUCAAUUUAGUGAACUUGAAGCACCUAAUUUCAUAUUAAGCAAUACAUACUUCACCAUAAUUCACCAGGUAGCUCGGUAUUUUCUUCUUUAAAUGUUAAGUCCACUUUGAGUGCCAUGCUAAAAAUGUAAACGUGUUUAUUGAGAUAACAGGGGAAAAAAAGCAUUAAACAUGUCUUUCCAUGUUUCUAAGAACAAAGCAAGGUGGCGUGUUCAAAGAGUGACAUCAUGUGGCAAUUCUUUGCUACUACAAAUGAUAACAAGGCCCUCUGAUUGUUGUAAAGGGAUAUGGCGCCCAUUUUGUCAUCAUCUCGGUUGUGACAUAUUCCCAGUUGUAACAUUUUCUGAGAAGUUAUACUCGUAGUUUAUGCGUGUAAGGCAACCCUAUGAGAAAAUGCCAUCUAGAAUUCUUGCAAAUUUGAUAUUUACAAUGCCCUGAAAGUGUUCCAUGAGCAAAGAGAAAAAGCAUAAACACAUUUUAGUUCUGUUUUAAUCACAUA